AUGUCCCACCCUCCUCCUUUACACCCCAACGAAGACCUUGACCAAGAAAAUGAGGAUGAGGUAUUCCUCGACGCAGGAGACGCCGCCGAAGAGAUUCCCGCAGACGACGACCAACCCAUGGACGACCUCGACGAUGAUGACUAUGGUGGUGAAGAAAUGGCUUUCCAAAACGACUCUAGCGCCCACUUUGAUCACCACACAGACUCGAUCUAUUCCAUCGCCCAACACCCCAUUCACACUUUCAUCAUCAUCACAGGCUCCGGCGACCAUACCGCAUACAUAUUCAAUUCUGCCUCCCAGAGGCCGCUCCUUCCAAAGAGUUACGAGUCGAAUCCGCAGCCUAGGGCGGAGCGCGAGUCGUUAUCUAUCAUUGCGAAAUUGGGCGGACAUACUGAUUCUGUGAAUGCGGUGGCGUUCACGGAACCGUUGGGGCAGUAUGUGGUGACUGCGGGAUUGGAUGGGAAGCUGCGCGCAUGGCAGGAUAUGACACCUGGUAAAAUAGCGCUAUCGUGGAAAUUUCUGGCGGAGGUACAGGAGGUGGAGGAGAUAAAUUGGGUCGCUACAUGUCCCUCGACCAGGAGCAGGGCCGAUGAAGAGAAAAAAAACCUUAUUGCGCUAGGUGCCAGUGACGGGAGCGUAUGGGUAUACCGAAUCGAUGAGCUGGGUGAGACAGCACCAAUCUCAAUGGUUUCUUGCUUUUUCCAACAUAAGAAGUCAUGUACGGCAGGCACGUGGACGCCUGAUGGCAAGCUCCUGGCCACCGUUUCGGAAGAUGGGAGCUUCUACGUCUACGAUGUCUUUGGUGCCGCUGCGGCGGCCGGAGUUGCCUCGUCGACUGGUUCACAGGUCGUUGUCGGACUAACGGCUCAAGACCAACGGUUUGCUGUCGAGGGUGGGCUAUUUUCCAUCGCCAUCGCCCCUACGGGUGCCUUUGCCGCAGUUGGUGGUGCAGAGGGACAUAUCAAAAUCGUUGGGCUUCCGCGUCUCCCGUCGUCAACCACCAAACGUGCUGCUUCUCUGUCUGCCACUGGUGGCAGUGCGGGUACACUCCUCGCUUCUCUCCAACCUCAGACGGACAGUGUGGAGACAUUAUCAUUUUCUUCUCCGCCGUUGAUGCUUCUUGCUGCUGGCUCCGUUGACGGGUCGAUUGCUCUUUUCGACACAGCCAACCGCUUCGCUCUACGACGCCAUGUUCGAUCAGCACACGAGGAUGCAGCUGUUGUACAGGUUGAGUUUGUGCGGGAUGAAACACCAUCUACUCAGCGAAAUAUGUUCGGUACCAUAGGCGGCAAUAAUCGGUCAUUCCUCUUAACGUCAGUGGGUAUGGAUGGGGUGGUGCGUCGAUGGGAUGCGCGUGGAAGUACUUUAGGUUCUUUACACGGACUAGUGAAGGAAUGGCGAGGCCAUUUGGGGAUGACUGAGAAUGAGGAGGGGGAGCAGUCUGAAGGAAUCCUGGGAUUUGUACAGGGAGGUGAGGGGUGUAAGAGGAUUGUUACGGCGGGUGAUGAUGGCGUUGCAUUAGUUUUUGAAGAAUAG